AUGCAGCCGACCCAGGUGAUGUGCUUGUUCUUCGUGCUCGGUGCGGCCUCAGUGCAGGCGAGGUUCCUGGUACCCUAUGUAUAUCACGAUUUCCGGCAAAUGACGGAUGUGUUGGUGAACUUGACGAACUAUCGACCAGACCUUGUCACAUUGUACUCUGUCGGGAAAUCCGUCGAAGGUCGGGAUCUCUGGACGGUCAUGAUCACUUCGCAGAGCACGGAAGACCAACUUUUGAAGCCAAAUAUCCGGUAUAUCGGUAACAUGCACGGGAACGAGGUCGUCGGAAAGGAGAUGCUCCUGCACCUCAUCGCGUACAUGGUGAACACGUACGAUACGGAUCCGCAAAUGAAAUGGUUCCUUGAGAACACGAUAGUGCAUAUCAUGCCCACGAUGAACCCCGACGGCAUGGAGCGAUCGCAACACGGGAACUGUGUAGGAAUCACCGGUAGGAACAACGCGGCGGACUUCGAUUUGAACAGAAAUUUCCCUGUCGUCGUCGGUACUGGCCAAUCCCAGAAGGAACAACCGGAAACCAGCGCUGUUAUGCGAUGGAUGAAUGUUGUGCCCUUCGUUCUCAGUGCUAAUCUUCACGGAGGAGCUCUCUUGGUCCGUUUCCCAUUCGACAACGGAGUCGAAUACUCAUCGAACAGCGCGCCAGAUGACGAUGUCUUCAAGCAUCUAGCCCGUACUUACUCACAGAACCAUCCGGUCAUGCACCAAGGCGUCGGAUGCGAGCGUGAUGGCCGAACAUUCAAAGAAGGAAUCGUCAACGGAGCUAACUGGUACCCAUUCGCCGGCAGCAUGGCCGAUUACAGUUAUGUCCAAGGAGGGUCCCUCGAGAUAACUCUGGAAAUUUCGUGCUGUAAACAUCCUCCUGAGCACACACUCCGACAAUUUUGGGCAGAAAAUAUUCGACCUAUGAUCCGUCUGAUAGAGGAGACCCACAGAGGAGUUAAAGGCAUUAUUUCGGACGACCACGGAGGACCUAUAGGAGGUGCGCAUCUCGUCAUCAAGGAACGACAGCAAGUUGCUUUCCACACGUCACCAAGAGGAGAAUUCUGGCGGAUUCUACUUCCGGGCGCUUACACUCUGCUGGUGUCCGCCGAAGGAUUCCAAACGACGGAGACACCUUUCACAAUCGUCGAAGGUCACAGUGCAGUGCUGAACAUCACACUCAAGGCUUUCAACCACCCGAGUAAUUAUCUCGUGGGCGACGGAGACAAGUUGGCAGGAAGCGCAACAGGACAUCAUUUCGGUCAUUUCUACGAACCGGUACCAGCCGCUUCGACCCCGAAAGGUUCGUCUUCCUGGGCAGGACGGCUCCUCUCGUUCUUGAAUCCGUCUCGCAGAAGUUGA